AUGAAUAACUUAGCAAAGAAAAAUACUGAGACACGUUCGUCUAUUCUUCGAAGAUAUGCACUUUUUGCAUCCAUCGCCAUUGCUCUAUUCAUCACAGGGAAGAAGCAUAUUGCAUACAAGAAGGAGCAACGUCACAAAUUAGAAAAUGAUUCCGAUGUUAAUAACUCAGACAAUGAAUUUAAUAUUAGUGUCAAGAGGCCUGGAUUUCCUGAAAACAACCCAAACCUAAACUAUGAUGAUGAAGGAAGACAAAGUAAAUAUAUUGGUAGUGGGUUUGCCUAUAGUACAAGAAGACCAGGCGAUCGAUUAAGUUUGUACAAUAUCUUGAAGCAAAAGUAUUGGCCCGAUGACAAGGAGAAAGAAGCUCAGUAUUAUUCACCUGCACCAGAGGAUAAAGUGAUCAAGUGA